UGCGGAGGUGGAGGGGGCGUGCCCGCGCCGAGUCAUGUUGUGGUGUUGCUGCCAGGAGGCGGAGCGGGUUGUGGUGCAGUCUGGCAGGCAGGGGAGAGCGGAGCUGGCGGAGGUGGGAGUUACCGGGAUACCGGCGGGCUUUUGUCUCUUACUCUGUACGCUGACUGUGCCCAGGAUUCAUCACCUUGCUGGCUGUUGUCACACACAGAGCUGGUGAAAGACAAUACCCACGUGUGAUUCUGCACCGUUUUGCACACCGUUUUUCUUUCCCAUGCAGACGAAUGAGGGAGAAACACUUGAAGAAAGCUGUCCCAAGAGAGAAGGAGCAAGAAAGGGAAGAACAGUUAAUGGAAGACAAGAAAAGGAAGAAAGAGGAUAAGAAGAAGAAAGACACUGCUCAGAAGGUCACAGAACAAAAAACCAAAGUGCCCGAAGUGACGAAACCAAGUUCAAGCCAAGCGACGGCCGCCAGCCUACCUGGCAGUUCCCCCUCGCCACCAGUCAAUGGUGGCAACAAUGCCAAAAGGGUGGCAGUGCCGAACGGACAACCGCCCAGCACCGCCCGCUACAUGCCUCGGGAGGUGCCACCGCGAUUCCGCUGCCAGCAGGACCACAAAGUGUUACUGAAGCGUGGACAGCCCCCUCCGGCAUCCUGUAUGCUGCUGGGGGGAGGAGCAGGGACUCCCCCCUCCUCCACGGCACAAGGGACCGGCCAGGGCAACGCACAGCCAGGGACGGGAUCUCUGCAGCUGGGGGAGAGCGGACUCGCAACGGAUUUAUCAUCAGGGGCAGCUGCUACUUCAAAUUAUGCAAAUUCCACUUGGGGCUCGGGAGCCCCAUCCAGCAGUGGCCCCAACGCAAACCCUCCCCACGCCUGGGACAAAGUGAUUGUAGACGGGUCGGACAUGGAAGAGUGGCCUUGCAUAGCUGGCGUGGACGCAGAGCCCCCUUCCGACAACGCCACAGACAACAACAGUGCCUCGAAUCCAGCCUCGGAAAAGGGACCCCCACAAGGAAGCGUUGCUAACCACAAAGGAAGGGGGGGCCAGGGCCAACAGCAGCAGCAGCCGCCUGGCAGCGAAUGUAUCCAGGGGGUAUGGAAAGCUGACCCCAAGGCAAAGCCCGUCCCGUCUUCCAACCCCACUACAGAGGGAGUUAAUAGACUAGGAAAUUGGAGGAGCAUGGGUGGGUCUGAGAGAACGGGACCUGCAUCUGGUUUCAGCAACUUUAACCCAAAUAGCAACCCGUCAGCAUGGCCGGCUCUGGUUCAGGAAAGCAGCAGGAAAGGGAACCCAGAGCCAGAUGGCAGCUUCUCCAGCGCACAGCUUGGCCCAACGGGUCCAAACUCUCGGGAGCAGCAGUCAAAGAUGGAAAAUGCGGGUGCCGGUUUUGCAGCCUCUGGCAGAGAGUCGGCCACAACCCAUCACACUGACGGACCAAAAAAUGGAAACACUAAUGCUAUGAACUCAAAUACAUCAAAUCCCCUUGAGAACAAGGGUACAGCCUUUGGAACAGGGGAUGCCUGCCGGGGUUCUGACCUCUCUGCUCAAAGCACUGGAGAUAGAAAGAAUGGGGGGGUGGGCACUUGGGGGUCAACAAGGGGUCAAACUGUCACAGGAGAUGCCAAUUGUGGGCAUGGCAAUUCUGGAAACAAUGGACGAGAGAGGGAGGACGUAAGGAAAACGUCUUCAUCUCAUAGGCCCAAUGGGUCCAGGGGAGAAUCUUGGGAUGGCAAAAGUGGUGGCAAUGGUUCUUGGGGAUAUGGCCCACAGGCGGAUCCCAGUGAAGUAAAGUGGGGUGAAGGGAACAAAUUGGUGUCAGGAGGGUUGUCUCAGGGAGAAUGGAAACAGCCGUCUGGGCAUGAGGACUUAAAAGUUGGAGAAUGGGGAGGUUCGAGCCAAGGAAAUUCUAGCACUGGAGCAUGGGACAAUCAGAAGGGCCACUCACUAUCGGAGAACCAGGGCAAUGCAUCAUCAACGGCCUGCUGGGGCCGGGCACCCAGCUCUGCAGGAAGUGAGGCAGGGGGGCAAAGCACUGGAAGCAACCCAAAUGCUGGGGGCAGUGGAGAUAGCCUCAACUCCUGCAAUCGGCGCUCAAAUAAUAGACCUGCUCUCCCAGACAGUCAGGCUGUUUUGCAGACCUUGCUCAAUCGAACAGACUUGGAUCCCAGAGUGCUGUCCAACUCGGGCUGGGGCCAAACCCAAAUAAAGCAGGAUGCAGCAUGGGAGAGUGAGGAAGCAACAUCUCGAACCGAAGGCAAAGCAGACCGUGGAACUGAAGGCUGGGAAAACACACCGCAAGCAAAGAGCUCAGGGGGUUGGGGGGAUGCCCCCAGCCAAAGCAAUCAAAAUAAGUCUAAUUGGGGAGAGUCCCCUGCCCAAGCUCCAUCUGGACAGGAGUGGAAGGACACCAAAGCAACUGGCUGGAAUGACUAUAAAAAUAGCCAAACCGGUUGGGGUGGUGGAGGUAAUGGGGGUGGGGUUGGUGGACGAAAAGAGGAAAAGGCAGGUCCUGGAUGGAACAAUGAUAAUAAUGCAAGUGCUGAACAGGGAUGGGGUACUCGUCAAUCCAAUCCUGGAAGUGGAUGGUCCGCAGGAAAGAAUGGAUGGGGAGGAAGCAACAAUGAGGACAUGGAGCCACCCAAAGGCCCUGGGGGCUGGGAUGGCUCGGGAAACAAAGCUUCCUCUGGCUGGGGUGAAGUAGGACAAAAUGAUGGCUCUUGGGGCAAUGGAGCGAACUCUAACCCAGCGCUACGAACUGGCUGGGAAGAGGGUAAAAGGCCUCAAGGAGGUGGAAGUUGGGGUGAGGCAGCCAGGCCUCCUCCAAUACCUUGGAACAAGCAGCAGGAGGCUACACCAGCUGCACAGUCUUCUGGCUCUUGGGGUCAUCCAGCUCCUCCCCCUGGAAAUGGGAGGCAGCCACCCACCCCAGGGUGGAAAGGUGGUCCCACACCAACAGUGUCCAAGGAGGAAGAGCCAAGUGGCUGGGAGGAGCCAUCACCACAGACCAUCGUCCGUAAAAUGGACAUUGACGAUGGUACAGCAGCAUGGGGGGACCCUAGCAGUUAUAAUUAUAAGAAUGUUAGUUUGUGGGACAAGAAUGCGCAAGGACCACCUGGACAGAUGCCACGGGAGCAGGGAAUGCCAGGGUCAAUAGCCAGCAAGGCAGCACCGUCAGUUUGGAAUAAAAAUAAGGCUCCCCCAGCUGACAAUGGAACAUCAGCCUGGGGCGAGCCAACUGAACCUGCUUCUGGAUGGGGGGAAGGAGAGGAGACUGGACCUCCAACACCAGGCUGGGGAAAUGCAGCGCCUGUAGCUCCCAGUGCCAUGAAAACUGGUACAAAAUCUAUGCAAGACGGCUGGGGAGAGAAUGAAGGACCGGGGCCAGGAGCUCGUCACAGCAGCUGGGAUGAAGAGGAGGAGAGUGGUGUAUGGAAUAGUGCAGGUUCUCAGGGAAGUGGCUCCUCCCACAACUCGGCAGGGUGGGGCCAAGGAGGAAAGAAACCACAGAUCAAGGGUUCCCUGAAAGGGGGAAACAAUGAUUCCUGGAUAAACCCAUUGUCCAAACAGUUCUCAAACAUGGGAUUACUGAGCCAAGUGGAUGACUCAUCUGCUAGUAAGAUGGACCACCCUGUAGGUGUUCUUCCGGAAAAGAAGUUUGAGGCGGACAAGCGGAGUGUGAAUCUCGGGGAUUUCAACGAAAUGAUGCGGAAGGAACGGUCCGGUUUCCGUCUGCCCAAUUCCAAAGAGAUUGGUGCCGCAGACAGCGGACCUUAUUUUGAAAAGCUGACUUUGCCUUUCUCCAAUCAAGACGGGUGCCUUGGGGACGAGGCUCCGUGCUCUCCCUUUUCUCCCUCCCCCAGCUACAAGCUAUCUCCCUCUGGCUCCUCGCUCCCCUCCGUGGGCCUGGGAGCUAUCGGUUCGGGCCUCAACCCCCAAACCUUCGCUGCUAGACAAGGUGGCAAUCACGGUCUGUUCGGGAACAGCGGUGCACAAUCGCGUGGCAUGCACAACCCUGUGCCAUCGCUCAACUCCUCUCCCAACCUCCGGGCACAAGUGCCUCCCCAGUUCCUAUCUCCCCAGGUCUCUGCCUCUAUGCUGAAGCAGUUCCCCAACAGUAACAUGAGCCCGGGACUGUUCAACAUGGGGCCCCAACUAUCUCCUCAGCAGAUCGCCAUGCUGAGCCAGCUACCCCAGAUCCAACAGUUCCAGUUGGCCUGUCAGCUCCUCCUGCAGCAACAGCAGCAGCAACAGCAACAGCUCCUCCAGAACCAGAGGAAGAUCUCACAGGCCGUCAGGCAACAGCAAGAACAGCAGCAAUUGGCACGGAUGGUGAAUGCCCUCCAGCAGCAGCAACAGAGGCAGCCAGGAAUGAAGCACUCUCCCUCUCAUCCAUCUGGACCCAAGUCUCAUAUGGAUUCUGUGGGGCUCUCCGACAUGCAAUCCAAGGGGCACAUGCCUGGAUACGGCUCUGGCUUCAACUCCAGUGGAAUGGAUUAUGGAAAGGAGGCUGGGGCAGAAUCUCGUUUUAAGCAGUGGACAUCCAUGAUGGAUGGGUUGCCUUCUUCUGUGUCCCAAGAUGUUGGUUUACACAAAAAUGGCUCUAUUGCUCCCCCUGGGAAGAAUCGUGGUGGUUCCCCAUACAACCAGUUUGACAUGAUGUCUGGAGAAUCAGGAUUGCAUGGAGGGCCACCUGGUGAGAGUUGGUUACCUGCCAAAUCACCCCCCUCAAGCAAAAUGGGAAACAAGUCAAUCAACACCAGCUGGCCCCCAGAGUUUCAGCCGGGUGUGCCAUGGAAAGGAAUUCAGAAUAUUGACCCAGAGUCCGACCCUUAUGUUACCCCCGGCAGCGUGCUGGGGGGUCCAGCCCCAUCUCCCAUCGUAGAUACUGACCACCAGCUACUGCAGGACACCCCUACAGGGUCCAAUUCUUCCCUCAACACCUCGCUGCCUUCACCUGGUGCCUGGCCCUACAGUGCCUCUGAGAAUAUCCACAGCGCUUCAGCACUCUCAGCAAAGUUUGGGGACUAUAAAUCCGCCUGGUCACCAGACCCCAUUGGACACAACCCAUCACAUCAUUCAAACAAGAUGUGGAAGAACCAGAUGUCCAGGAAUAGCCCUGGGCUGCCUCGCCCCCCUCCAGGGCUCACCAACAACCCCAAAGCCACCAACUCCCCCUGGAACAGCACAGCUCCCCCCCGCUCUGUCAGAGGAUGGGGGGGACAGGACUCCAGGAUCACGUCUGCAUCUACCUGGAGUGAUGGCAGUUCUGUGCGUCCUAGUUAUUGGCUGAUCCUUCUUAAUCUUACACCACAGAUCGACGGUUCCACCCUCCGGACGAUCUGCAUGCAGCAUGGUCCCCUGCUGACAUUCCAUCUCAACCUCACCCAGGGCACAGCCCUCAUCCGAUACAGCACCAAACAGGAGGCAGCCAAGGCCCAGAAUGCCCUGCACAUGUGCGUUUUGGGUAACACGACCAUCCUGGCGGAAUUUGCAACGGAUGAGGAGGUGAGCCGUUACCUUGCACAAGCUCAGCCGCCAACUCCCUCUGCUCCUGGAGCAGGCUGGCAGCCCUUGGAAGUGGGACAAAAUCAUCAGGCUGAACCGGUAGGACCAGCCCUGAACCUUUUCGGAGGGACCACAGGGCUGGGACAGUGGAGCAGUGGCGGUGGUGGUAGUGACCUGCCAGGCGUGUCUCUUUGGGGUACUCCAAGCUACACAUCCAGCCUGUGGGGGGUGCCCAGCACAGAGGACGCCCACCGGAUGGGCAGCCCUGCCCCUUUACUACCCGGUGAUCUUUUGGGAGGAGGGACCGACUCAAUAUGAACUUUGAACUUUCAACUCUGACCUCGUGACCUUUCAGAGCAGCAGCACUAACUUGACCUUUUUGUGUUUUUUUUUUUUUUUUUGUUUGUUUUUUUCAAACUUGCAAUAAAUACAGUUGUUUUUUUUAACUAUAAAAAAAAAGAGAAAAAGAAAAAAAAAGAAAUCAGGUGGGUGCAAGUUAAGACUCCUGAUCGCCAACGUUACAAAAACCUGCGGUCACUUUUCAAAGUGGUUGUGUUUUUUUCUUUCUUUUUUUUUCUUUUUUCUUUUCUUGUGCUUGCAAAUUCCUUCCUCCCCCCCACCCCCAAUGAAGAGCAGAAGAAAAGGGGGAGGGAGGGAUCCUGAAAAAAAGGGUCUGGGGGGAGGGAGAUGUAGAAAAAUGAAAGAAAAACAAAAAAAAGGACAAAAAACACAUAUCAGUCUUGAAAUACUUGAAUAAUGAAAGCCAAUGUUGAAAGACAAUGUGAAUUCACAAAACCUACCAUUUAAGAGUCAUUUUGUGCUGGGAGGGGAGGGUUCAGAGUGGGGUGUUUGUUUUAUUUUUACAUGGCAUUUUUGGACUGCUGAAAAACAAAAAUAAGUUGGUGCAAAAGGUAUUUUUUGAUGAUGCAGGGAGGAGGGGUAUUUAAAAAAUUAACCAGUUUGCUGCCAGAGCGGACUGUAAAAUGCUGCACAUUAAUGCACUAAAGUUCUCACUGGUAGCAAAAUGUUUACCCAUUCACACAGCUGUUUGUAUCCAGGGUAAGUGAGUGGAAUGCUCCUCUAACAUGCAUUUUUUUAACAUUUCAAGGCACGACAUGGCAACACAGCACCUGUUUCUUUUUCAGUAUGUGGGGGGGAGGGGGGGUAGAGGCAAGGGGGCUGGUAAUGAUGUUGGAGUGGCUGGCGUAAAAUAUCCCAGUUGAAUUGAGCUCAUCUUGUAUUGUGUACUGUGACUGUCAUGAGUUAAUAUUGACUGUCUGACCCUUUCACCUGAGUGCCCACCUACAUAGACUUAAUGUAAAUAUCCAAUAUUAUGUUUAUGGUAUUUCUCAGCCUUCUGCAAUCCACACUGCAGAAAACCUGCCCAUGGGAGCAUUCGUGUAGGAGUGGGUGGCCAUUUCCUGAAGAGUACCCUCCCUCCCUACUUGAUAGGCUAUUUUGUCUAGUUUUAAGCCCUGUUUGUCAGUAUGUUCCUCCUGAAUAAUGCAUAAGACACUGCAUUAAAUCGUCAGGAUCCACAUGGUGUCUUUGCCAGAGGUCUAUGUUUUCUAGAUAUGUUCUGGUAACAGAGCGGUUAAUGUCUGAACUCUGGAUCCUCUUACUGGUGGCACGCAGAGGUUGAACUUCAUUACGGCUGCAUGGAUCCUGGGAUGUGUGUUAUGUGUGCUAUUAGAACAUGCGCCUCAGUCCGAUGGCAUGGCAUGUCUCCCCAAAAGCAAGGAGAGCACUUGACACUCAUGCAAAGGGUGUUUUGGUAUUGGGUUAUUAGUAUAAGCUCACGUGGUAGCAUUGCAAAAGAUAUAAGCUUCGUUCACAUGCCUUCUGCAAGUGCUGCAAAGCUUGCACUGUAUAGCUGUGACAGAAGCCCAGAUACCUGCCCCUACACAUUUUUUGCUUCUGUUUCUGCCUUCGCUAAAUUUCAGUGACAAACCUCAUGCAGUUUCCAUGCAAAUCAUCCUCUGUCACUGCAAUUGGGCUCUGUUAAGCCGCAAGUUGGAUCUCCAGAUAAAUCGCACUGACUUUUGUAUUCAUUGUUCCAUCUGAGGCUAUAAGGACCAUUUCAGUUCAACUUGUCAGAGGCACGGACAAAAUGCAUCAUGUGAGCUGAGCUUCAGAAGUUUCUUAAGAAAAAUGAAUUACACCUAUAGGUGGCACUAUGCUAAACAGAUUGGCCGUGCAUAAACACAAUUUUACGUGGCUAAGGAAAGACGAUACCAGUUAGGUUAAACUGCUGCUAAAUAGGAUCGCUCUUUUUCAUAACAGGCAUAUUAUGGAUCUGCACCUUUUAAAAAUGCCAUUAAACUAUUUCUCCCAAAUACUUUGCAUUUACUAUGAGUGUUAUCAUUAGGGUCAAAUCUUAUAUAUAUUUUUUUUCUCUCAAUCUCUUAUGUGCUUUUGUGUAAUUGUCAUCAAAAUCCUGUAAUACAACUUUGCACUGGGUUCCAUUUACCAUGGUCUGGUUUUUAUUUUAUUUUGUUCUCUCUUUUUAACAUUAAUAGAUGAUACUACACACCUACUGAGAUUUUGUUUAAACCUCCUCUACAAUACUGUCUCCACUUCCCAUUCCAUAACUUGCCUGUCCUAUUAACUGACAACGGGUCAGUGUAUAGUAGGUGUGUACAAUUAUUUUCUAUAAUCUUUCUGUGCUAUAAUGCAUAUGUGCUGACUGUCUGGAUAUACAUGCGUUUGCAUAUGCUGCACGUAAGCGCUUUAUGUUUUUGAUGUAAGUCGGUAAGUAUGUAUUUACACCAAAGGGCACCAUUUCAACUUUUGUGAUGGUACAGGAUGAAUUUUGAAGAAUGCAAAUGUGGUAUGGGUCCAUUCUGUCAUCAUCUUGCAGUUAGUCCUAUUAGAUAUAUUAUUUUGAAACAUGUAUUUUGUUGGGGGGCGGUUUUUUGUUUUGUUUUUUUACUUUGAUUUUUAGCCAUUUUUUCAUCUGUGGAGCCAGAAUGCAUUGUGGUCUGCAUUCACAGCUUACCAGAUACAUUUCCUACAACCAACCCGUGCAAGUUUCUUGCUAGUUUCCCGGAAUUAUGAUACAGCUGUUUCACUUUAACCAAUCAGCACUGUACUUUGCAUUAUAUUUUAUUGCUGACAUUUUGGUUUGGUGGCUAAGAUUCCCAAUCUUGCACUAUUUCCUUUAUGGGUUUGGUCCAUUGUGUUUCUGAGUACACUCCAGGCCACACUCAUGAAAAUGGCGGGAGGCAGGUUUCCAUUCCAAAAGAUUCUUCUUCAGCAAAAAUCUUCUUAUUCUGCCUCUUUCUACGGCUAAAGAUUAAUCCCUGAUAACCUAAAUACUUUCUUGGUUGCAGUUAGUAACAUCACACAAUUCAAGAUAGAUAUAUUUGCUCUUAAAAUAAUUAUUUCUGAAGUUAGGUUUGUUCUUAAAAUAUAGCUUCUUAUCUUGGCUUUAAGUAGAAUCAUUUAAUGAGAUAUUACCACCUAGCCUACUGAGCAUCGGUGUGACACUUUAAUGUACUGUAUGUGUUUGGGCACCAUAUCAGUGAGUGAAAUAUUUGUGUCUUAACCUGAUCAAUAACCAGCAGCCAGUGAACAUGGAGCGGUGUGACGGACUUAACCCUAUGCUGCCUAUUUUUGUUGACUCCAGCUCUCAGGGGCAUGUUCUUCUGUGUCCUUGAUGUCUUAUGAGUACCAGCAAAGUUUUUGGAAUAAAAUGUGCAUCUAAAGGUGCUGUAGGUCUCUUCUUUCUCAAUGUAGAGGAGUUGCGGAUCACAAGUGGACGUGGAAAUGUUUAUGUAUGCCUCCUGUUUAGGUGCCCAAUGUUGUGUAGUGCGAGCAAGCCCAAUUGGUGACUCUUAUGAUAGAUGUGUUAACCAAAGCAAAUUCACUUGUCACUUCAGCACUUAUGUCUCCCUAUUACUGUCUGACUUGGAUUAUAACAUGGCAUUUCACCCUUUCAAGUGAACUGGAAUACGAUUGAAGCCUGCUUCAGCUAAAUAGUGUUCUUCCAUGCGGAGGUUAGAGAUCACAUGAUUCUAACCGGGUAAUUCAGUGUGUGGCAUUGUGUAUGAAUGUGCACAUUAACGGAAAAUGAUGGUAGCGGGACAUUGCAGAUCUUCCUAAGCACCUCUGUGAGCUGCAUAGCAAAAUCUGUGAUGUCUGUGACUGCGAGUUGCCUGGGAAGUGGGCCGAUUGGCGGCAGCUUGCAGUCAUCACUGGAUUUCCUUUAAAUGACGGGGCACUGAUUGCUGAGCAAUGGCCUUCAUCUAUGCAUUAUUGUGAGCUGUUUAGUGAAUGCUACAGUAAUUACAGUAAGUGCAGUGCUGCUUGGAACUCAAUGGCCAUACUAUAAGUGUGGGAAAGACUUGGAUCUGGCAUUACUGUUUUUCACCUAUUUUGUGGGUAGGGUUUUUUUUGUAAAGCAUCUAAAAUUAGGUGAAUCUACUGCUUCUGUUUCUAGGUAUGAACUGAAAACAUAACUAUAGACCUUAAUUUUCCACCAUGAAGCAAAUAUGCACUAAUCCAUACAUGCCUAUAAGCAGCUUUAGUUGACCUUGUGCAAAUCCCCUACAGCUUGCUAAUGGUUACUUUACCUCUUUCCCUUGUUAAUGAAUGACCACCAGUGUCAUAAGGACAUGAUAUUUACUACAAGUUAGAGAUGUAGGAUACUUGCCACAAUUAUCUUUUUCUUCCUGGCUGAAGAUCAUGGGAGAUUGCCCAGAAUUUCACAUCCAUACUUUAGAGGUUGGACCUAAACCUCUCUAUAAAUAAUGAUUGGAGAAUACAUUUAGCGCCAUUAAAAUCAGCAGUGUAUUGUGGGUCAGACAAUGGGUCAGCGUGAGAACAGCUUAAUUGUGCCAUUUUUCCCCCCUUCCUUCACCACACACAUAUACACACAAACUAACCUAUACCUCUCAUUGUUUUGUUUUGUUUUUUUAGAAGAAUUGCCUUUUAUUUUAUAUUUAAUGUAAAAUACAUUGGGGACCUUCAGUUAAUCGCAAUGUGCCACCACAAUGCUUGGCAGCACACAAUUCUGUAUAUUACGGUUGCCAAAUAUCACUAAUAUUGCUGUGUACCUCCCUCUACUUUAUGCCAGGGAAAAUGAGCAAUGUUACUGGCCGUCACGCUGAAUUGAAUUCUCCUCACUAUGUAAUUCUCACUAGUCUGUAAUCAACCAUUAACAUAUUUUGGGGGGGAAAUAGAAUUUCUAUUUAGCAUUUUGAAUAAAUAAUUUUCAAAACUUAGAAUAAAGAAAGCUUUAUUCCCUUAUGUCUUAUAAUGAGCACCACUUAUGCCGAAAGGCAAUGUUCUUGUCCAAAUAUGACUGCUCAUUGCGUCAUUAAUCUAUUUCUAAAUCUAAAGAUGGUGUCCUCUACAUUGUUCUCGAAAAAGAAAAGAAAACAGAUUUAUAGUAAUAGCAUAAUGUGAACUGCACUAUAUUUGCAAUAUGUGAUGUAACUUUUUUUUUUUAUUCUCCCUUAUGAUUUUUUUGCGUUUUAGUUAGAGAUUGAAGUCAUUGCACAUAAUAUUGUCCCUCAAAAGAUUGCAGUGAUGUGAUUGGAUUUGUAGAAUGCACGUUAUUCAUCUCUGGAGCAGUCGUUGCAAACAUAAGCACUAAAUAUAUGUAUGCAAUCCAUUAUUUUGCUAUACUGCCUUUUUACGCCAUGCAUUAUACACUGGACAUCCACUUUAUGAAUUUUAUGACAUAGAAAGGGGGGAUCAACAAUCCUAAUGUCUGUAUUUAAUACGCAUAUAGGGCCUAAUUUUGAUUUGGGAAUAAAGUAAGAAGAGAUAACUGUGAACCUAGGCAGAAGCGCUGCAGGUGGUCUGAUUUAAAAUAUGCAGAUGGGUUUAAAUUUGAGAGAGGCGUUUCCAAACUCAAAUAUAAAUUGCACUGUAAAAAUAAAGCUGCCCAGUAUUUGUGGGCUACAUGCAAAAUCAGCUAGUAUUUACCUUGCAUGCAAAAAAAAAAUCUUUAUUUUCACCCCUUCUAUUGCAACGUGUUUUGUCCAGAUGCACAGUUACUUUCUUACUUUAUUCCAAAAUUAGAAUCAAGGACAUAGUCACAUACAAGGAACAAAUAUUCUUUUGGUUGUUGCAGUUUGGUCUAUCAUAUACAGAACAGAAUUACAGGGAUAGCUUUGAAAACUGUUGCACAGUGAUCUGCAAGAAAAGUACAACCUAAGUCUAUAUUAGAGGCCUCCGGCUAAUUUUUUACAAAUGUCCUCCUAUGGCAAUCCGGAUAAUGGCUUAGUUGAGUCAGUGCAGCAAACGUAAUUUAAUAGGUUUUCUGCUGCAUUUCCACCUUCAAUCCCCUGAUUGCAGUAUUGACAUCCUGAAAGAUAACACUCGUCAGCUGUUUUGUGCAUUUUCCUUGCCAUAGGGUUCAGCAGUGCUGUACAGAGAUCUAGAACAUGUAUUCUACCAGUCGCCAAUACUGCACACCUAGCAAUUCAUUGCCUUUUCUGCACAGUACAUCACUGUUAAAAAAACAAACAAAAAACUUUCCAAUGCAGAAAUGAUAUUUUUGUGUAUGUGCUGCUAACUUUCCAUGGAGAAAUUGUUUAUAACGGGGGGGGGGGGUUUACUAGUUGUAUAUUUUAUACAUUUAAAGGUCGUGUUUACCCCGUUCAUAGUUAGCAUAUCUUUUCUCACUAUUUUUUAUCUUCCGCAAAAUACAUGGGCAUAAGAAGCCAUUUUGCAUUUGAGAUGUAUAUUUUAGCUAUAAAAAUAAUAAAUGAUCUCUUAAGUCAUGCUUUGGUAGAGAACAACUUGUUCCAGUCACCACCUAAGUACAAUGCAGGCUGCCAUUUUGGGGCUAAACUAUUAUUCCAGAGAAUGCCAUCUAUUGCACGGCGAAGGCCGAUUAACCCCACUGAUGGUAAAAGCGCUGUUUUAACCUUCUCCACUGUAUUAAUGUUUUUACCCUUUAAAAAUAUUUGUCAGCUAAAAUGUGCAGAAUCCCCCCCACCCCCAAUAAAAAAAAAAACAAUUCACCAUCAUUUACUUAGUUCCGCAGAGUCAUUCAAUUAUAUAGGAAUACAGUCAAUACUACAGCAAUGCAUUUUAAGCGGUCUAGCAAACAAAAAAAUAAUACGUGCAUGCAGGAAUACAUGAAUACAAUAAGCAUAGUUACUAAUACAAAAAUAGAAAUAGGUUAAAAAAACAGGAAUAAAAUAAGCACAAUAGCAGGCGCGUGGUACUAGCAGAAUCAUGCGUGAACAAUACGUAUGAGCAGAACAAUCAGCAAGGCACUCACUCAAAAGUCAGUGCGGGACAAACAAGGUAGGCCGACACACAUGAGACCAGGGUAUGGAGGACCUUAUUCGUAAACGUACGUUCUAGAUUUCAUUCUUCCAUGAUUUUACUGGCACUGCAGUAAAAUACUCAUGUUAAGAAGUUAGAACCAGUAUUUCUACAGCAGGGUACAUAAGGUUUCCACAGGGAAACAUCAGGGUGUAGUGGUCGGGGGCUUCAGAGACUUUCAGGACACAAAUAUGUUGAAAAACAACCGCAAACUGCAUUAUGUUGAAAUUAUGAAGUGAUAGGAAAUCUAAACAAAAUUACUCAUACUCCUUCAGUGCUUCUUUGAACAGUGGAUAAAUAAUAUUUUGCAGGUUACAUUUUAACCCACUCCCAGAAAAAAUUGAUUUACUAAUCAGGCAGGAAUGAUCAAUAUCAUUUAGUGCCUUGGUUAAUCAGUUGGUACUAGAACGUUGUUAUGUUAUGGUUCUAUUUCUGAAACCCUGUCUUUAUGGAACUCCGUGACUAAAGUUGAAGAGUUAGCUGACUGACUUCCAUUGCUUAUAACUUGGUUGUUGCCCUGGGUACAUCAAAAAUAGGAGUUAAAACCAUUGGUCUAUUGUUCAGCACUUAAAUCGUAUGUGUAGCUGCUAUUGUGUAUUUCAACAGAUCAGUGUUUUAUUUUGUAUUUAUUUCUUUAAAUUCUGUGUUGUGAAAGCUUACUAUACAUCCUUAAGUAAGAUACUUAUGCCAAAAAGGCAUGGCUAUUAACUCUCAAACAUUGCAGCACCAAGAUGCCUUUCUGUGUUUUGUAAUUUACAUCAUUAAUGUUAUGUAUGUGCAGGGUUACCAAGCUCCAGAUUUGAUAUACACCUUACACAUUGAAGUCAUUGGGCUGUAGUAGGUUAACUGUUCCUCUACAGCAGAGAUAGGCAGCCUGUGACUUUCAAGCUGGUGAGAAACUACAAGUCCUAGCAUGCCUGGCAGGACCAUCUGGAUUUUAGUUUCACAAUAGCUGGAGAGACAGAGAUUAGCCAAUACCACUGUACAGUACUGCAUCAGAUAAGCUGUCAAUACCAAAAGUUGCCUACCCCUUUACCUUGUAUGUGCAAGAUUUAAUAAGGUGUUUGAUUUCUCAUUGUAUGAAUCCUGUUUGAAAGGUAAAUACUAUGGCGUAAACCAUUUGCACAAGUGAAUCUAGCCCUGUAUAUCGUCUUGCAGAGACUUGGCAGCAUUAUAUAUCAUUGCGACACUAAUGCAGACCACUUUGCUGCAGGUCUGAAGGGGUUAAGCACCCCGGUGGUUAGAAUAUCAUUUUAACAGGGUCCAGUAUGGCUUAUCAAUAUUUAGAACGUUGAUAAGCAGAAGGUGGACCACAAUAUGUUGAACACAACAUGUCGACAUCUGAGUACUGCGAUGUAAGGCAUCUUGGCCGUCUCAGCUUUAGAAGUUCAAACAUAAUGGUAAUUAUUCUUGUUUAAAGUUGUUAUAGAUGAGGAGCAAUGCUUCACAUCACAGUACUGAUAAGUCACAUUCAAAAUACCUCCGCUGUCCUUCUGCUUUUGGACAUUCUGAAUGUCCAGAAGAGACCCUUUUGAUGCAUUAGUGCAUAGUCUGCUUUUUUUGCAAAAUAGGGACAUCCCAUUUCUCUUCUAUUCCAAAUGUGCAGCCUACAUCUUGCAUUAAAAGUGGCCAAACUGGCCUGUUUCUAAAAUCUGAUUGCAGUAUUAUAACUUAAUUGGUUUACUUUCAUAUUUAAAAUGUUUUGUUUGUUUUUUUAUUUGAACAUUGCUUCUUCAGUAAUAGCUCACUGUUGUGUCUGUUGAUCAGGACAAUAUUUGUGUAGGAGAUUCUCAUUUGAAAUGUAUCUAAAAUUUUACUUUGUUGCAAAAUAUAUGCCCAGCACAAUUAUUGCUGUUUGGAAAGAUAAUUCAUGGGUCAUAUGAAAAUGCAUUCAAUUAUGUUUUAACCAUCUGCAAAUUAGAAUGUAAUUAAACCCUAAUCCCAUGGUGAAUAAGUAAGGCUAAUUGAUGAGGUUUAUGCAUACUGUAGAAUUAUAGAAUGUUUUUGUAAGGUAACAAUCUUUUGUGGAAAUAUAACAGCCUGCAAUUCGCAGGCACCGAUGAGAUACCAGUGAGUCUGCGUGGUAUUUUAAAGUGGCAAUCAGUUAAAAGGCAAAAGCACUUUAAAACAUCGGGCAGACUUGCCAGGAUCUCACCGAUGCCUGCAAAUCGCAGGCUAUUACAUCUCUUUCUUUGUCUAUUGGGUCCAAGACGGCUAUAUUCUUUCUCCUCACUCCAUCUACACACAUUUAUUUUCAGGCCAUCGGUAAAGCUCUGUGACAGAGUAGCGUAUGCUGGCACAUGUGGGUCUUUUAUGGGAGCAUAACAUUUGUUACUUUUUACAAGUUCAAAAGAAAAAUUUGUUUUAUGUUCAGUUAAUCCAAAACUGUCAGUGCCAUUUGAAAGCUUAUAGCCAAGCAGCACUGACAUUAACGCAAAGCUCUGUUAAUUGAAAGAAAAUGUAAAAAAAUAAAUACCAUAAGUACGGUUUGAGUGAUUAA